AUGUUAGUUAACAUUGUCCCUUGCACAAUUCUCGUGGUGUUUUCAUUUGCCCACGUUCAUUCCCAAGUUAAGGGUACACAAAACCGGUUUGAUGUGGAUGGAUGGAUGGGCGUGCAUAGACGUGAAUAUAUGCUAUCAGAAUUAGACAGGACACGAUUUGCACACGAUAAUACAAUACCUAAAAGGAAUCAGAAAAUUCAUUUGAAUAACCAGUUGGCAAAUAACACCUAUUUCAAACCAUAUAGGCCGCCAAUUGAUGAUGCGAAUUAUAAGAUUCGAUUUAUUAAAUCGUUUAAUGAUAGAUAUAGUAAACUGGACAACGCCACGACAACCACUACUGUGUCAUAUUUUAUGAACAGUCAAAGUUCUACUGAGGAAAAUGUUGAUAAAAUAGAUGAAAAUUCCACUGAUAAUAAACUUAGUGGCUUUUACAAAGUAACAACAACUACUACUCUGUCAUAUAUCCCUAAUAGUCAAAGUUCUUCUGACGGAACCGUUGAUGACAAUGUCAAUAUGCAAGAGAAAAAUUCGAGUGAAAAGAAUUAUAAAGACAUCUAUGGCGUGACGACAAAAACUACUGUGUCAUAUUUUGUGGACAGUCCAAGUUCUAAUAAAGAAACUGAUGAUGAUAAUGGACGAGUACAAAAUUCUACUGAGAAAAGAUAUGACUUUGGGAACGUAACAUCUGUUGAUUUUGUAUCAACAGUUACUACUGUGCCUGAUGCAGAGAAUAUAGCUAAUGACAAUAAAACUAAUAUUACAAUGAAAGAUACAUGGAUAAAACGACGCGGUUUGUUUAUUUUGAUACCUGCUGUCUUAGUAGUAAUUGCGGCAUUGAUAGCGUUAGUUGUUUGGAGACCCGUCAAUAUUGUGGCUUGUUUCAACAAGAGAGGGAAUUAUGACGUACAAGGUGGUUUUCUUCGAUUAAACGCAUGCGAGCGAAAUCGAUACGAUACAUUUGAACAUGUUCAGUUCAUACCGCAUCAGUGA